AUGUUCAAAAAGUUCCUCAAGCCUUUCUUGUUCUUGACACUUGGCAGUUCAGCAGCUGGCCUCACUUACCAUCAAUAUAAUCAAUCCAAUGAACAAUCCAAGAUGUUCCAAUCCACAUCAUCAAAUUCAUCACCGAUCUCAACACACAACACUCCAACCAUUCGUGUGGCCAUCAUUGGAAGUGGUAUUUCUGGAUCGGGAGCAGCAUAUUUUCUCUCCGAUCUCUAUGAUCGAUUGGAUUUGAACUCGUCUCCUCUCUCCCCAGAACCUUUGAAUCAUGAUAAUGAUUCAACCAUCCUCAAGCCUCCUCUCGAAUUCAUCUUGUACGAACGAAAUGAUGAACUUGGUGGACGAUUAAAAGAAAUUAAUUUAUUUCCGAAUAUUCAUGAUGAAACGAAUCCGUACAAGUAUUCGUUCGAAGUCGGAGGAAGUUCACUCAUUUUGGAAAACAAGUAUGCUUUACAAUUGGUCGAUCGUUUUGGAUUGACUUUGAAAGAGCCACAUUUUGAAGAUAUUCGAAUUGGAAUUUGGAAUGGUGAUGAAAAACAAAUUGUUUUUUGUGAAUCCAGGUCAUGGUGGAAGACAAUGAUCAAGGGAGCUUGGAGAUAUGAUUUUGGAAUUCCACUCUACUUGUUGAAACGAAAUGUCAAUUAUUACUUGUCUCAGAAUCGAUUUUUGAAAAUUUAUGAAUUGCAACAAGUGCCACAAGAAGGAAAAAUUUCAAGUGAAGAUGUGAAGAAGGUUUACACAUGGGAGGAGACGAGUGAAUUUUUGAAGGAAACUGGAAUGCAAGAGCUCACGACUCAAACUUUUUAUGAGUUUGCGAGAAAUAAUUGGAUUCAGGAGAGAUUUGUUAAGGAAUAUUGUGAUUCGAUUUUGAGAAUUAAUUACAUGACAAGUUCUGAAACUAUUUCUGCCUUUGCUGGAAUUGUGGGAUUAGCAGGUGCUGUUUCUGAUUUUAGACAGGUUCUUCAUGGAACGUCACAACUUCCAAAGAAUUGUAUCCAAGCUUUGAAAUCCAAAAAAUUGAAUCUCAAAUUGAACCAUGAAGUGUCACAAAUUUCGUACGAUAGUGCAAGCAACAAGUAUUCCAUCUCUGCAGUGGAUUUGAAAGCAAAAGCCAACAAUUCAGCAGCACACAUUCUCGACACGAACAUUGAUUACAUUAUUGUUGCAACACCUCUCGAGUUUACAAAUAUUCGCUUUGAAAAUAUUCAAUUGCCACCAAAAGCAUUGGAAAAACGUGAAAUGAACAUUCUCGUCACGAGUUUAGUCAUUGCCAAGGAUAUCAACAAGAAUUAUUUUGGAAUGGACAGUUCAGAUGGUCCUUUGUAUAUUACCACCAUGAAACCUUUAACAGUGAGUCAAUUACCGUUCAAUAAUAUUGCACCUCAAGGAGAAGCUCCAAACAGUGAAAACACAUCAGACAAGAAGGAUCACAUUUUUGAAUCCUUUUCACACUCACCAUUCACCAAAGAGGUAUUGAAUGAGAUUUAUGUUGGACCCAGCAAACUCGUUCAGCAAUAUUGGAAACAUGGAAGUUAUCCAAUUUUAAAGCCAAAUCUUGUUCAACCUCCUGUAAAAUUGCACCAACGAAUUUAUUAUCCGAACAGCAUGGAAAGUGUCAUUAGUACCAUGGAGACAAGUUUAAUUUCAUCAAAGAAUGUAUCAUUAUUAAUUAUUAAGGACAUGUUGAAACGUUUUGAACAAUAA